UAAAUGCGUGGUUACAUCAUCUGCCACACACAAUAUGGUGGUUCCCGUACCCCACGUCCGGAGUACGGAAGCUGGGACGUUCAGAGUCAGACAUGGUCGAUAAACAUGGCAGCAGAAUCGGAAUCUGAGGUCCCCAAACUAUCGGAGUUAUUGGAGAAGGGAUGGCGGAUCUUAGAGAAGGUGGAAGGGAGCAGCGAGCCGGCUGCAGCGAGGGCAGUGCAGGACAAGGUGAAGCAAGGCCUGGCGGUGCUAGAGCAGGCCACCCGGAUGGUCGCUCAGCUGGAUCUGUUCAGUUCUAAUGAGGAUCUGGAUGAGAUUUCCUCAUCAGAUAUUCGGUAUCUUCUGCUCCCAGCUCUACUUGGCGCAUUGACACUGAAGCAAGUGGGUCUGAGUCACAGAUUACAGCACCUUGAGGUUGCCCGAUCCUAUUUCCUGGACUUCUUAAAGAGAUGCCAUGAAUACAAAGUCUCCAGUUUCAACCUUCCCACAGAACAGGAGGGAGCCCCACAAGGAGAACAGGAAUCCGUACACCAAACAUGUUCCACAGCACCACCCAAUCUGACUGCCAUGGCACUGAAGAGGCAGGCUAAGAUUGAGAGGUAUAAGCAGAGGAAGGAGUUGGAGAACAGACUGUCCAGCAUACACGAGUCGGUGAGAAGUGGCACUGCAGAUGAAGAGCAAGUCAGAGAGUUUUACCUUCUUCAGCUGCAACGCUGGGUCUGCACUGCACUUGAGGAGAUAGAGAGCAUUGACCAAGAGCUUCCAAUGGUGAAAGCAAGGGAAAUGAUGAAGGGAGUGGAGAUAUCUCAACGACCACGUCCCACAAGACCACCCAUGAAGCCCUUUAUCCUGACUCGUGAUGCCCUCCAAGCCAAGGUCUUUGGAGCAGGCUAUCCAAGUCUACCUACCAUGACUGUUGAUGACUGGUACGAGCAGCAUCUGAGUAAACAAGUCCUGCCAGACCAAGGGGUCUUCAAUAAAACAACAGAUGAGGAUCAAGAAGCAGCUGAAAAGGAGCGUAAAGAGGAGGAAGAUGAUCCAGAGACUUUGCAGAAGGCUAGGAACUGGGAUGACUGGAGGGAUACUCAUCCACGUGGCUAUGGCAACCGCAAGAAUAUGGGUUGAGAUACAUGCAGUGGUUUUGACUGACCUCCUAUGAGGAGUUCUGCAAGAUUGAUGGGUAUUCCCUUUGGGAUGUUACAUUUAGAUAAGAUUGGAGUGUGCCAGGGAUAGCCACAUACUGGGUUGUAUCAGUUACUAAUGUGUGUGCCUUUUCCUUUUGCCCUCAAAGUAGUCCCAUCUCCUGACAUCUCAUGCCAAUUGAACUUCUUUAUAUUUAUUUUGGGUCUUUAUUUUUUUUAAUUUGUUUUUCUCAUUGGGUUUUUAGUUAAUAAAAGAAAAGUUUUGCUGUUGUCUACACAUAA